AAUCACCCAUACGUUUAUGUAAAAAAUAUAUCUAAAUUUGUAUGCCAAUGGACGCGCGCGCACAGCUCCGCGUAUGGCUUACAUUGAAUACUCUAGAAAUUGUCAUUUGAGCGAUCGGCUCUUCACUCGAGCGCAACCGGCAAAGGGCGAGAAUGUGUCUGGUUGGUAUGUCUAUCUUCAGGAUCUGAAGUGUCUUUAUACACCUUUAAAACUUCCGUUUUUAAUUAACAUUCGUCGCAGUCUCAUUUCGAUUAGCCUGUCCUGUUUGAUUUUCACAUCAGCUAUAAAUCAAUUUACACACGAUGAGAUUGGAGAUCGGCACAUAACUGUGAGUGCAGCAUUAGCAGUCGGCACGCGCAUCUCCUUCACUUACGCCCAGACAAGCGCUUGGACAGGGCUAUGGGUACUUUGAGGGACUUGCAGUUUGCACUGCAGCUGAAGAUCGAGGAGCUCCGCCAGAGGGACAGUCUGAUAGAUGAGCUGGAGUCGGAGCUGGACACCAAGGAUGAUCUCAUCCGACAGCUGCAGACAGAACUGGACCGUCAUCGCAACGCUCCUCAACACGCUGGGGCCACUGGGAGCACAGAGAACACAGGACCCGGGCUGUCCCCACCAGUGCCUGAUGAGCCGCAGAGGACUAAGAGACAGGCAAUAUCAGCAGAACCCACAGCCCUAGACCCUGCCCAACUCGCACACGUCACACUCACCAACUACAGCAAGAGUGAAGAGUCUAGAGAGCUGAUCCAUAGAGCUCUUUUGGAGAAUGAAUUCAUGAAACACCUGGAGCAGGGACAGAUUCAGACCAUAGUUGACUGUAUGCAUCCCACUCGUCUGGCCCGGGGCUGCUGUGUCAUACAGGAGGGAGACGACGGAUCUCUGGUCUAUGUGCUGGAGGAGGGAAAGGUGGAGGUGACUAAAGGGGAACAGAAGCUGUGCACCAUCGAUCCCGGGAAGGUCUUUGGAGAACUGGCCAUCCUCUACAACUGUACCAGGACUGCUACUGUUACAGCUCUGACGGACAUUAAGCUGUGGGCGAUAGACAGACAGGGUUUCCAGACCAUCAUGAUGAGGACUGGACUCAUUAAACACUCCCAGUAUAUGGAGUUCCUCCGCAGUGUUCCCUCCUUUCAGUCGUUGCCUGAGGACGUUCUUAGUAAGGUAGCUGAUGUUCUGGAGGAGACUCACUACAUUGAAGGUGAUUACAUCAUCAGGCAGGGCGCCACAGGAGACACCUUCUUCAUCAUCAGCGAAGGACAGGUAAAGGUCACACAACAGAAAUCAUCCAAUGAGGAGCCAGAGUUUCUGACCACACUCUCUAGAGGGGACUGGUUUGGAGAACAGGCGCUAAAAGGGGAGGAUGUUCGUACGGCCAGUGUCACAGCAGUAGGGGGAGUGACCUGUCUGGUCGUGGACAGAGAGUCGUUCAUGCAGCUGAUAGGAGGGCUUGAUGACGACAGCGGCAGACACAACGAGAGUGACGAGCUCAAGGCCAAGUUGGAGGCAGAGGCAGUGUUUUUCUCCAGCGUGUCUCUCAACGAUUUCCACGUCAUCUGCACCCUCGGAAUUGGAGGCUUCAGUCGCGUCGAACUGGUGCAGUUGAAGAGUGACACCAGCAGGUCGUUUGCUAUGAAGGUUCUGAAGAAGCGUCACAUUCUGGACACCAGCCAACAGGGCCACAUCCUCUCAGAGAGACGCAUCAUGAUGGACGCACAUGGCCCCUUCACCGUCCGGUUGUAUCGGACGUUUAGGGACUCUAAGUAUCUGUACAUGCUGCAGGAGGCCUGUCUGGGAGGAGAACUGUGGACUCUACUGAGUGCCAGGGGUUCGUUUGAGGACGGCACCACACGGUUCUAUACAGGCUGUGUUGUAGAGGCUCUGGCCUUCCUCCAUGUUCGAGGCAUCAUCUACAGAGACCUCAAACCUGAGAACAUCAUACUGGACCAACGAGGAUACGCCAAACUGGUGGACUUUGGCUUUGCUAAGAAGGUGGGUCUGGGUCAGAAGACGUGGACGUUCUGUGGGACUCCAGAAUACGUGGCCCCAGAGAUUAUCCUGAACAAGGGACACGACAUCUCUGCAGACUGCUGGUCCCUGGGGAUACUCAUCUAUGAACUGCUCAGCGGCAGUCCUCCGUUCUCUGGUUCUGACCCUAUGAACACCUAUAACAUCAUCCUGAGAGGAAUCGACAUGGUGGAGUUCCCCAAGAAGAUCUCCAAGAGUGCUGCCAACCUCAUCAAACGCCUCUGCAGGGACAACCCAUCUGAGAGGGUGGGGAACCAGAAGAAUGGGGUGAAGGACAUCCAGAAACACAAGUGGUUUGAAGGUUUCAAUUGGGAGGGCCUCCGACAGACAACUCUGGCCCCUCCUUUCACUCCUACUGUGGAGGGUCCACUGGACACCAGAAACUUUGACUGCUUCCCCGAUGACAGCGAGGCCCCGCCCCCAGACGAGGAGUCCGGCUGGGACCUGGAGUUCUGAUUGGACAACAUACAUUAUGUAGAACAGACAUGCCCUUUCUGACAUGUAGAUUAAGGCAUCGCGUCCGCUCCAAUAAUGGCAUUUCUGUCUGCGCCCUCCCCAAUGCGAACCUGGUUGUGCUAGGUUUAACUGGUGGGUUUACCAGGUGAGUUAGGAGUAUCUGACAGGUUACCAGGUAAGCUAAGUAUGUCAGGUUGUGGCUCUGCCAAAGUGAGCUGGGGGAGUGAUAGAACCCCCAGGUAGCAGUGGCCAAUCAGCUGCUGCUGUCACCGACUCCUCCUCGUGACAGUUUUCUACAAUACAAUAAGAGCUUUUGGAUUUGUUUGUGUUCAUCUGUUUUGACUGGGGUGAUUGUUAGUUCCCGCAGUAUUUGGUCGUAAAAUAUAUAACCAAAAUAAAAAACA